UGUAAUGUCCAUGUGUAAAUAUUUUGGUUUGUUUUGUUUUACAUACAGCUGUACUCUGUAAAUAGUUCUGUGCUGUAUGAUAUUGUCCAUAUUAGACAUUUAAGGAUGCUCCAUCGCUAAAUAUAUCCACAGUAAGAGUGAUCAUCACAACUACACGGUAAAAUAAAAUUCAACAUGGUCAAGUACAUUGUAAGUGUAAUACUUGCUUUGGCUGCACCAUCCGCUAUGGCUGGUAUUCCCAGCCGUAAUUUGAAGGACGCUGUAAAGCCCGUGUCGGUUAUAUUUCUAGACUUCGAUGGAACAACAAUCGUAAACAAUGAUUUCAGCGAAGAACUGCUUACAUUAUGCCAAGAAGAAUCAACGACUAACUGUGCUAGUGAAGGCGAGUUAGCUAGCAUGCUGGAUGAUAUGCCUAUGGCCAAUAUCACCGAGGUCAUGGGUGGGGAGGAGCGACUAGCCCGGGUACAAGACAUGCUCGAGACAUUGCGCAGCACGGAUAAAGAAUUUUUCAUACUUUCUACCUCAUGGGAACCAGUUCCAGGUACUGAAUGGGCCAAAUACAUUCACAAAUUUAGCGACAUGGCCGAGCUGGGCUUUGACAUGGAUCAUAUCCUGUCAUUAGACGACCCAGGAGUUGGAAUCUCCGCUGACAAAGGCGCUUUUGCUGCGGAAACUUUAGAGUCUAUGGGUUUUCUCCCGGAUGAUGCGCUCUUCGCUGACGACAGUGCAGGCAACAUCGAAUCCGCCACAAACAAGACUGAUACACUCUACCUGCCAGUUAGGGCAGGUUAUGAUUUCACAGAUAUGGAUUACAUCGAGGCCAGAGCUUCUCUACUGGAGUAAAGCUGGAACAGACUAUUAAAUAUAAGACUUAACAAUUAAUAUAUAUCAUAUGGGAAGCUUUUCACAGGCAUGUUUAUGUGAUCCUAACCCUAUCUCACACACCAGUCUGCUGCAGUGUGCUAUUACACAGCCUCCAAUUGUCAUUUCCAGUUCGGAAUACGACCAGACCUCUCUAGAUCCAAAUUCCCAUCUCUCAUCUAGAGGCCAAAAGGUCAUGCACAUACAAUAUCAUAUCUAUAUGAAUCGUUAACCAAUUCUUCAAAUCAGGAAUACGGAUACAUUUACACUGGGUUCGACUACGAGUGCUACCUAUCGCUCCGCUGAUUAUCAGAAGGUACCGAUAUCGCCAAUGACAAUUGAACUAAAACAGUCUGCAAUGAACAGUACAUUUGGACCUAGCCCGGUGUACAAGAUGUUACCAGCAGUACCAGAGCUCUGCUGACCAACAUUACAUGGUUCACUAGUUUGUUAUAUCAUGGAAUCAACAAUAACAUGACAUUAUGAUAGAGCCGCCAGCAAACCCUCUAUACGAAGCACAAUUAAUGCAAGGUGUAGUAUACUACUUGCUAUACUCAUUGAUACACUUGAGGGUGUUGCUGAAGUUGUAAUGGGAAUACUGCAUUCUAGGACAUAUACCAUAGUCUCAUAUAUAUACAACAAGCAUCUUCGCACGAAGUUGUGGUCAAUAUUGAAAAUUGAGGCACACAAAAUAUUUGUCCUAGAAUACCGAGGUAGAUAAUAAAUACAUAUAAGUAUGGUGA